AUGGGAUUUAGUGUUUGUCAUAUAAAUAUACGUUCACUCACUGCUCAUUUUAAUGAUUUUCUGGAGUAUUUUAGCAACUAUGCUUAUGACGUUGUAUCUGUUUCGGAAACUUGGCUCAAACCAUAUAUAUGUGAUAGUGAGAUCGAACUGCCGGGAUACACGCUGGUUCGCAGGGAUAGAUUAGGUUGUAUAUAUAAACCACCUUCCACUAAUACUAAUGAAUUUCUAAAUUACUUUGAAGAUGAGCUAAUAGAUCUUUUACCAAAAUAUGAUACUGUGAUUUGCAUGGGCGACUUUAAUAUUGAUUUGUUUGAUACUAGUAAUACAGUAGUGUCAUCUUAUAAUAAUAUUUUAGAAAGCGCUGCUCUUAAUCAAAUUAUCAACGAGCCUACUAGAAUUUCAAAAACAGGAAUUUCAUUAAUAGAUCAUAUAAUAGUAUCCAAUCAUAUUAAAGUGUCUAGAUCAGGUACAGAGUCUCUCGAUUUAUCCGAUCAUGAAAUGGUGUUCGCUAUAUUUGAAUUUUUAACUAAAAUUAAUAAACCUAGGCCAUGCCAGUUCAGAAGCUUGAAAAAUAUUAAUAUCCAACUGUUGACUGAUCACUUGUGUUCCAUACCAUGGCGUAAUAUGUAUGAUUAUAGAGAUGUCGAUGAAAUGGUGGCAUUUUUUAAUGAAAAUUUAACAAUUUUAAUGGAUAUUCAUGCUCCUUUAAAAGUCAUUAAUUUUAACAAACAUUAUAGGCCAUGGAUAACAGAAAAUAUAAAAACGCUUAUUAAAAUAAGAAAUAAGGCCAAAACUAAAUAUAAUAGAACUAAACUUAUAGGCGAUUAUGAGUCUUAUAAAACGUUACGUAAUUUUGUUACUAAAAUUAUUAAUAAAGAAAAACGGAUAUAUCUGCAAAGAUCUUCUUCUGGUAAUGGUAAAGAUAUAUGGAAGUUUCUUAAAACUCUUAACGCAAACGUUAGUGAAACGGAUGUGUCUAAGAUUCUCUUUGGAAUAAAAUCAAAAGCGGUUGGGUAUGAUGGUAUUCCCAUAGAUUUUUUAGUGCUGUGCUGUCCAUUUAUACUAAAAUAUAUUUGCCAUAUAAUUAACUUUUGCCUAAGAAAGUCUGUAUUUCCCGCGAGUUGGAAAGUUGCUCAGGUUAUUCCUCACCCUAAGGUUGUAAACCCUUCGUCCUAUGCGGACCUUCGACCGGUUAGUAUAUUGCCUGUGUUAUCAAAAAUAUUAGAAAAUGUAAUUAAAAUUCAAUUGGUCAAUCACAUUGAAAACAAUAAUAUACUGCCUGAUACACAGUCCGGAUUUAGGGUAGGACAUAGCUGUACUACCGCUUUAUUAAAUGUUACAGAUCAUAUAUUUAGAUCAAUAAAUGAAGACAAAUUUACAUUACUUGUAUUACUAGAUUAUAGUAAAGCUUUUGAUGCUCUGAAUCACAAAGCAUUAACUAAGAUUCUAGAACAUAUUGGGUUAACUAGUUCAGCUGUGGAUUUUUUUAGACAGUACCUCAAUAACAGAAAACAAUUUGUUAAACUGGAAAAUCAGUCAUCCUCAUGCCGCACUCUAACUCGAGGAGUGCCACAAGGGUCAAUUUUGGGUCCCAUAUUAUUUAAUAUUUAUACAGCAAUUUUUCCUAAAUUUCUAACUUAUUGUAAGUCACAAAUGUAUGCCGAUGAUUUUCAACUAUUUUACUCUUUCCCGAAACACUUAGUUAAAGAAAGUUGUGACAAAAUUAACUAUGAUCUUAAGAAUAUUUAUAGAAUUUCUCAUGAUCAUUCAUUGACCUUAAGUCCCAAUAAAUGUGUGGCCAUGCUUUUUGGUUCAUCAAAAUAUAGGAAGGAUAUUACUAAUAUGGUCGACAUUAAAAUUAACAAUGUAACAAUACCAGUUAAAUCAGAGGCAAAAAAUCUUGGCUUGAUAUUAGAUAACAAUCUCAGAUUUCAGUCACAUGCAGUGGUUGUUCUUCACAACUAUUGCCAAACAGAGCUGUCACAUGACUACUGUCCACCAAACUAUGUUGACACCGAAGGAAUGACAAAUGGCGGUUGGAGAGAUGAGCAGACUUCUCUAACUUCUGUUGGUAGAUUAUCUACUAAUGUGUCCCGUAGAGAGUUCUACGAAAAUAGAAACAUUUUAGCCGAUUAUUUGGUUUCAGAUGUGGGAAAAGUUUCUUGGCAGGAACAAAUUAUUGACAGUGGCUUAUUAUUAAAUUAA